AUGCUUCAGGUGGCGCAGAACGGCAACUUCAAGUUGUUGCUUGAAGAAGUGCACAAGACCCCUGGUUGCGGCUUCCCGCGCCCGCCAACCGCCAGUUCCCGCCACAAGCCCCUCUUGACCUUGGCCGCCCUGACAUCAUCGCUAAUAAUAACAGUGAGAGAUAUCUGUCACCCAGCGAUAGCUCCCACAUCCCCUCCACUCCAUCAAGGAUCUUCCUCCCGAUAUUUUUUUAUGAUAGGAUGUGGAAAGUAG